GCGCCGGGGUAGCGGGGGCCCCCAAGUUCCAGGGCCGGGGCGCGGGCGUCCCCGAAGUUCCGGACACGGAGGCAGGGGGCUGCUCGGUGAACCCCGAAGUUGCGGGGUUGGAGAGGGGACGGAUCGAGGGCUUCCCAAACUUCCGGACGCUGCGUUAGAGGAGCCUGCGAAGGUGUCUCCCAAGUUCCGGACGUGGGGUGGGGUGCAACGUGAGGGGACCCCCAAAUUCUGGACCUGGGGCUGGAGGAGUGGCCCAGGGUUGGAGGGGUCCCCGAAGUUCAGGGGUCUGGGCGGCGUGGGGAUCCCUGAGGUUCUGGACCUGGGGUUGGAGGAGGCAGACAAUGUGUCCCUGAAAUUCUGAACCCGGAGUCGGGGGCCGUCGCGGGGAUCUCGGAAUUUCCAGGGUCCAGGGUGGCACUUCCCGAAGUUGGGGAGCAUACGCGCCCCGCUCCUGACGCGGGUGGGGACUCCAUCCUGAUUGAAUAUCAGCGUGCCCGGACUGGGGAUCACGGGGUGGGCCUUUGCCCCAAUACGUACUGGGGAUCCCGGGCCUCAGGCGGGGUUGGGCACCCCCCUCCGGCAGCCCCGCGAUCCGCGGCGUCGGAGACGAAUGACUAGUUGAGCCUGAACCAUCAGCUCCCGCAAUCCCACUGGCUGCCCCUUGGAGCCCAACCACACCGGCCUGACCAAUGUCCACAGCCAGGGAGCAGCCCAUCUUCAGCACACGCGCACAUGUGUUCCAGAUUGACCCCGCCACCAAGCGGAACUGGAUACCUGCUGGCAAGCAUGCGCUCACUGUCUCCUACUUCUAUGAUGCCACCCGCAAUGUCUACCGCAUCAUCAGCCUCGGGGGUGCCAAGGCCAUCAUCAAUAGCACCGUCACCCCCAACAUGACCUUUACCAAAACCUCGCAGAAGUUCGGGCAGUGGGCAGACAGUCGCGCCAACACUGUCUAUGGUCUUGGCUUUGCUUCAGAGCAGCAUCUGACCCAGUUUGCCGAGAAGUUCCAGGAAGUGAAGGAAGCAGCACGGCUGGCCCGGGAGAAAUCUCAGGAUGGCGGGGAACUCACCAGUCCAGCCCUGGGGCUCACGGCCCAUCAGGUGCCCCCGAGCCCCCUCGUCAGCGCCAACGGCCCCGGCGAUGAGAAACUGUUCCGCAGCCAGAGCGCGGACGUCCCGGGUUCCGCAGAGCGCGAGCGGCUCAAGAAGAUGCUGUCCGAGGGCUCCGUGGGCGAGGUGCAGUGGGAGGCCGAGUUCUUCGCUUUGCAGGACAGCAACAGCAAGUUGGCAGGCGCCCUGCGAGAGGCCAACGCCGCCGCCGCCCAGUGGAGGCAGCAGCUGGAGGCCCAGCGCGCAGAGGCCGAGCGGCUGCGGCAGCGGGUGGCUGAGCUGGAGGCCCAGGCAGCCGCAGAGCCACCCUCUGUCAGCGAAAAGGAGGGGCCAGGCCAGUCACUGGAGCAGUUGGAGGCACUAGUGCAAACCAAGGACCAGGAAAUCCAGACACUGAAGAGCCAAACUGGGGGGCUCCGCGAGGCCCAAGACACAGCUGCUGCAGAGCGGGAGGAGACCCAACAGAAGGUGCAGGACCUGGAGACCCGAAACGUGGAGCUGGAGCACCAGCUGCGGGCAAUGGAGUGCAACCUGGAGGAGGCACGGGUGGAGCGGGAGCGGGCACGGGCUGAGGUGGGCCGGGCCGCACAGCUACUGGACGUCAGGCUGUUCGAGCUGAGUGAACUUCGAGAGGGCUUGGCCCGACUGGCUGAGGGUGCACCCUAAGCCUGGCCAUCGGGUCCACGUGGGAGCCGGGGCCUGUGGGAGCUAGUUUUAUAUGAAUGAUUCCCACGUGGGGCAUCAGCUGGGCCAAAGGCAACACAGAGGGCCGGUUGCCCUGGCGGGGACCAGGGCCCAACUCAGCUGGGUGAGGCUUUGGCCAAUCACAGCUCAGGGGCUAUUUUCAGGUUUUUCAUUGUGUAGAAUUUCUAGAAUCCCUGGGGUGUGUGCUGAUGCCCAGAUUACAUUUCUAAGUGCAGUGAA